AGUGAGCGUUUCGUCGGAGAACGCCACCCACAACACGAUCGGAGAGUGCGGCCGUUGAGUUCUCCACCGCUUCCCCGUGACGCGCAACCGGGAAUCUCGCCAGAUCGCUCCUCUCACGCACACGAAGUUUUUUUUUACACGGUUUUGUCUGCGGUCGCAACGUCCACACGAUGCGCUCCUCGCCGCGUCUCGCCGUACGUAUUGUGCGCUGCGCUCCCCUCCUCACCCGCGCGGCUGUCCGGGCCCCUCUCCACUCCGCCGCGUCUUUCUGCGCACCGCUGCACGUCUCCCGACGCAACUUUGCGAAGGUCUCGUCCAUACACGGCAAAAUCGACCCCCCGCCUGGCGGCUUCGUGACGGACGAUUUGAAGGUCGACAUGAACGCGAGCAUCGGCGGUGCCUUUGCCCGUGGCGUCUUCGCGGCCCGCGAGAUUGGCUACGGCCGCGAGGUGAUGAACCUGCCUGCCUACUGCAUGUACAUCUCCGAGGGCGAGAAGCAGCCGCUGCGGGAGCAGGUGCUGAUUUUAACGAAAGACAUUUUUAGCAAAGUGGUCUUGGGCAGCCCGGCGGAUCAGGAGUACGUGAAGCAUCGCAUUCUCUCCCUCAUGUCGGGUGGCUUCUCGUACUUCACGCGAGAGCGCGAUGUCUUCGACUUUGCGGAGGAGGUGCGUGCCGCCGGGACGGAGGGGGCCAUCCGCAACGGGUCGAACUGUUUGCUGGGUGGGCAGUUCUCGUCCUACGACUUGCAGCGGCUUCCUCUUAUCGUGGAGUUCAACCGCUUCGAGGUGGACUACCGCGGCCGCCGUGGCAUCUGCCUCUUUCCUGAGGCCUCGUACCUGAACCACAGCUGUGAGCCGAAUGUGGAGCUGUCCAUUACGUACAACAGCGCCAAGAACAACUUUUACCUCAGCGCACGCGCAGUGCGGCCUAUUCGCGAAGGUGAGGAGCUGUUCAUCAACUACAUGCCGGGAAACAAUCUACCGUUGUCUCGGCUUGCAUUGGCCAUGAAGAAGCGUUGGGGUUUCGAGUGCUCUUGUGUGAAGUGCAAGAGCCGCGCUGUCGGUGCUGUCACGGUCGUUUUCGUUGUACUGCUCAUCCCGAUCAUCGUGUACAUCCGCCGGUUUAUUGUCGAGCGCACAAAGGAGAAGCACCGAAGCCUGUGA